AUGGGAUUAUUUCCCGACCCACCACUAACGCCGAAGUUAAAGAAACGUUUGUUUGGCGGAAGUUCUCCCCGCAAGAGUGUUCCCAGUGAAAGUGGCGCCGGCGGCGGAAGUAGCGGGGCCAGUGGCAGCGGUGGUCGCCGGAAGAACGAUGACCGGCGCAACCAGAGUGACCGGUGCGCCGCGUCGGGCAGUCUGUCGAAGUCCUCGACUCCCCAGCAAUUGUCCACCUCGUGGGAGUUUAUCCGAUCCGUGUCAGCUGACAAUCAGUACGAGGUGGAACGGGAGGGGCUGAACGAAAUCAUUGCCACCCCGCGGUAUCUGGAGUUUCUGAAGAACUACCGCGAAGAGGCGGCCGCAACGAGCGAGGCACUGGCCGUCGCCUCGCCCCGGUAUAUCGAGGUACGGAAAGGACGGAUCGUACUAGAAUCUCAGCAACAGCUGCAGCCGCAGCCAGCUGCCAGAUGCGGCCCCCCAACCUCGCUGCUAGACUGCGCCAAGACUGAUCACCUUCAUGAGCGGGAUUCGGUUCUGCGGAUCAAUCGGGCACGGGCUGCCGGAAGUCCCGUCGGGCCGCUGUCGGAUACGAAUACGCUCGACCAGGCAGCGACCCUCCCGUAUCCAGCGCCACUGCCGCCGGCUGGCAUCAUCGUCCCGCAAACCGUCCUGUUGGAUCGGUAUCCACCGCUUCCGAGGUCACCGUCUUCGCCACCGCCACCACCUCCACACCAGACCGAUGGCGGUGGGAACGGAGACGAUGGUGGCACCACCACCAGCACGGCCAGCAGCGGCAGCAGCAGUGCCGCCUCACCGCACACCUCACCACUGCGCGAGUGUGGGAAACUUGUUAGGAACACUUCCGGUUUGCUGGACUCCUCCAAGAGCACGGAAAUGCUGGAAGCUCGCAUUGCGGAACUAGAAGAGGCCUUAUUAAAGCUACAAGAACGAGUAAACCAAAGCCAAUGCAGUUCACCAACAUUAGAGAAGGAAAUUAAGGAGCAUUUGGAAGUCAUGAGCAAGGCGAUGAAGACAAAGGACCGAAAAUCGAUGCAAGUUUGUCGGGAGCACAAAACACUGCAGGUGCGCUUCCAGAAGCAGGAAAACAGUCUGCUGGCGCUGCAGAACGAGAACAAAUCGCUACACCAAAGAGUACGGCAGUACGAGACGUGCCUAGAUGACAUUAUGCGCAAGGUCGUCGAUGCACUGGUGGCCGAGGACAGCCUGCGGGAUGAGGUGGCGAUCCUGAAGGGGCGUGUGCGGGACCUCGAGGCUCAGAAUGCGGCCCUCGUGACGGCGAGCCCGGCGAAAAGUCGCGACGAAGGUUACUGCACCAUGAGCUCGGGCCAGCCCCAACCGACACCGGAAGGGCACCUGGAGGAGCUGCCCGAGGAGCCGGAGCAGUGGCUAGUGUCGGCGGAACCGUGCACGGCCGACAUGGAGGACUGGAGCAUGUCGCAGGAAGAGCUUGCCACCGCGCUGGACGAGGAGAACCACGAGUGGAUCUGGAACUCCAGCUUUCUCACGACGGCCGAAACACAGACUGAGGAUAUUACUGCCGCCCUGCUGCACGAACAGAUUGUUUACUCGGAGGACGAGGAGGUGGCGUGCACGAACUUUACUCGAGACUUUUACCGGCUAGUCAGCUUCACCUCGGGAAGUACGCGCAGUCUGCACUCUCCGCUCGGAAACGCCGGCGUCGGUGUCGGUCCUGGGCGGCAGGAGGAGGACUUGCGAACGACCGAAGAGUCGAAGGACAGCAGUAGUAGCACCGUCGACGCAACAGAUGGUGACAGCAGUGACGACAACGAAAGACUGUCUCAAAGCCCGACUCCGAGCGAAGGCGGUCGGGCGCAAGUGCUUAGUUGUUCCUCCAGUGAUUCGAGUGACGCACUGACCGAAAAGUUGCAGCUUCCGCCGUUGCCGCAGUGCAAGAGCGAAUGCGGUGACGACAUUGGCGGCACUGCGGAUGACUCCCCGACCUGCUGCCAGUCACCGACGGAACCGCAGAGCCGGUCGCUUCCCCCGACGCCGGUGCGUCGUUUCGGGAUGAAAAAGCUUGGCAGCGAUUCAAGCGGCACGACCGGCGGCAGCAGUGUUACAGCAACUGGCGGCGGGGCCAGUGGUUUAUCGAUCAAUACGGCCGAUCUGCUGCAGGAUGUGCUGAUUACGUGUCACAAUCAACUGAACAAGAAUGGUGUGCAGCAUGUAAGUUCCGCUAGCGCCGGUCGCUCGCCGAACACACCGACACCACCGAGCUGGCGGAAAAGCAUGGGCUGGCGGCGUGUGCAGAGAGGAAGCGGUGGCCACGAAACGCACAUCCCUGUGCCGAUUGCAGCGAAAGAUCGACUGAAGUCACCUCCUCCGGUGCCGAUUCGGAGGACGUCCGCUAGGUAG